AUGGAUUGCUUCGUUGGAGCGUCGACGGGCGCUCUGAAAGGUGGGGGAUUUUUUUAUUUUUAUCAGAAAAUCAAAAAGGUUUAAUUUUUAGAAGAAUAAGAGUUGAAGAAAACUAGAUUUUUAAAAAGAAAUUUAAAAAAAGAUAAGACGAGUUUACGUAAUUUUUUUAUGAAAUUUAUCAAAAUUUUUGAUUUUUUUGUAAGAUCACAUCUGUUUUAAAUUGGUCAAAAAUUGAGCCGAAAAAAAUGUGAAAUUUUUCCCAUUUUUUUCAAAAAAAAAUAGUUUUCCCAGCUUAAAAAUAGUUUGGAAGUGUUAUUUGAUGGAAAAAUGAUUCGAAGUCAAAAAAAUGACGUUUUGAAUCAACGUUUUUUUGGUUUUUUUAGUUCGGCGGCAAUGAUUUUGUUGUAGGAAAUAUCCACGAGAUUCAACAAAAAAAAAUUUUUUCAACAAUUUUAUCGAAAAAUUUAACUUUCUGAUCAAUUUCCUGUGAUUUCCUUGCAAUAUCAUGAUUUAAAGUUCAAAAAAAGCUAAGUUUCCGGUUUUCAUUUAACUUUUCAAGUAAACCUUCUCAUGGUGAAAAAAUCAAAACAGUUCAUUUUUUUCAGCAAUCAGUCUCCGUGACAACUCUUUCCUCAAUCUCAACGUCAUCAAGGAUUUACAACCGAAAAAGGAUGAAAUUACGGCAAUGGCCUGGAACGACGAGAAUCAGGUCGUUGUUUUGUGAAUUUUUGAAGAAAAUUGAGGUAUCAAAAACAUUUUUCAGAGAGGGAAAAAAGUUCAAAAAGACUGUUAAAAAGGGUACUUUGGGAUUAUUACAGAAUGCUCCCCCUCCCACUCUUGUAGGAAAUCUAGAAGGGUGUGGGGGGAUGGGCACUCUUGAAGAUUGCCUGGGCAUUUUAAAAUCGUCCCCCACUUAGCACUGUGGGCGAUUUUGGAAUUUUUUUCGUUGCCUUUUUGAAUAUUAUUUCUGUCUUUUUCUCUGUUCCAAUUUGUCACGUUACUGUCUUUUUUUCUUACUGUUAGAAAUUUUUUUGAAAAGUUGAAGCCAUAAUUUUCAUGGUAUUAAAUUCCAGUCGGAGCUUCUCAUCGCCCAACUCGAUCGAAAAUUGAGGCUUUUCGAUGCGGACACCAACGAAAGCGAGACUUUAUUCAAUGUUGAAGGUGGACAGGGCCCUGUGAAAGGCCUAUGUCGCACUAAUGACGGGUUUUUCAAAGUUCAAAGCUCCUUGCAAUGCUUUUUAUUUAAAGAGAGAACCUUAUAACGUGUGUGCAGAGCGGCGUUUUGAAAGUCUGGGACGACAAAGGCGAAGAAAAAGCCGAAUGGACCGUUGGACCUGGUGUCAGUGCGAUGAGGGGUCAGUUUCAACUGAAAUUUCUGGAUUUCCAGCCUUUUUACUGCGUAGUUUUACUGUUAAAACUGAGGCCGUAUGCAGAAACCAAGUGGAGGACCUGAAACCCCUAUAGGGACCACUUUUUCAGCCCCUAUGAGGGCUGUUUUUAUCCUUAACCCCUAUAGGGACCACUUGAGCUUCAGGGGCUAAGGGGUCAGACUAAACCCCUAUAGGGACCACUUUUUCGGCAACUAUAAGGGAUUUUUUCUCCCUAAUCCCUAUAGGGACCACUUAAGCUUGAGGGGCUAAGGCAUCAGACUCCAAAUCUCUAUAGGCUUUCCCUUGAUUUUACCUCUAUAGGGGUCCCUUUUCCGCCCGAAUCCCUAUGGGGACCAGUCUAAAAUGUCUAAGUAUAGUCAAUCCUUUUUGACUUGAAAGGCGAUAUGAAUAGGGUUUGAAAAAACCCCUAUAGGGACCACUUCAGCUUUAGGGGCUAAGGGGUCAGACCUUAAAACCCUUGUAGCCACCCCUUUGAUGUUACCUCUAUAGGGACCACUUCCCCCUAAUCCCAAUAGGGACCAGUCUAAAAUGUCUAAGUAUAGUCAAUCCUUUCCGACUUGAAAGGCGAUAUGAGUGGAUUUUGAAAAAAUGCCUAUAGGGACCACUUCAGCUUUAGGGGCUAAGGGGUCAGACCCUCAACCCCUACAAGGACUAUUUUUUCAGCCUCUAUAGGGACCACUUGUUACCCCCUAAUCCCUAUAGGGAUCAGUCUAAAAUGUCUGUGGGGGGCUAAGGGAUCAGACUAAACCCCUAUAAAGACCAUUUUUUUCAGCCUCUAUAGAGACCGUUUCCCCCCACCCCUAAUCCCUACAGAGACCACUCAGGGACGCCUAAAUAUCAUGAAAUAUUUCAUUUACUUUUCUAGGGUCAACCGAGAAAAACGAGGUUGUCACCGGCGGAAUCGCGAAUCUCGUGAAAACUUGGGACAUCGAGACGAAUAAGCAGACGUGGGCGGCGAAAAAUGUGACAUUUUUCGAAAUUUCAACUGAAAAAGAACUCUUUGAAGGUUCCGCCAGACUUUUUGCAACUCGAAGUUCCGAUCAUGUGCACGGAUGUGAGGUUCAUCCCCGGUCAGAAUACGAUCCUUGAAGCGACGAGGCAUCAUGAAGUGAGAGAGGGAGUUUGGAAGGGGAAAGUGAUCCCUAAAGUUGGGGAAAUGGAGAGUUUUUGCAGUAGUUUUGACCUUUUUUGCCCAAAAUUUUGAAAUUGCUGCAGAAAAUGGCUUUGGUGCAUUUUCAUGUACCGAGAAGCGCAAAUCGGAAUCUCUUAAUUAUUUUUUUGAAAUCCUUAUAUUGAGAAAAAGCUCAAUGACUCUCCAGGGGGGCUUAAAACUGAGCAUUUCCAAAUCCAUUUAGUGGCCACUUGAACACUAGAGGGAGAAGAUCAUGAGAACGUACGUACUCCUCGUAUAGUUUGUUCAUAUUUUGAAUUUCAAGUACAAUGACGUCAUUCGAAAGCGCUCUGUAGAUGGCUCGCUCUCUGACUGGCUUUUCGGGCCAUUAGGGGCGGAGCUUUAGAAGCGACUUGACAUUCAAAAUAAAUCUAAACGGACUAUAGUGGAUACUUAAGAGAAACGUAAGAAACUGUUUUGUGGAUACUCUCUUUUCUGAAGAUAAUGUCAAACUUUCACGUUUUUCAUUUUUUUUUUUCUUCGCUCUUAUCAUUUUUCGAAAAUCUUUUCAGUCGUUAUCAUUAUUUUGAGUUUUUUUUUACUUCCAACUUCCCCAUCCCAGAUGCGCUUGUACGACCCGAGAGCCCAACGAAGACCUAUCGCCAAAAUUCGAUUCCUGGAAAAUCCCAUCACGACCACUUCCCUAUGUUAUAAGCCGAAUCAUGUCCUGGCCGCGAAUUCAAUCGGAGAAAUGGGACUGUUCGAUUUGAGGAGCAAAG